AAUGGUCCUUGCCACCGUAAUUAGCGCUGAGCAAGAAGUUAUAGUGGCGAUUGAUGAACCCGGCAAAACCCAAUAUCAUGAAGCAAACUUCAAUACAAGUUCAUAUCAGUAUGGUUACGAGGUAGGACCGAACGGACAAUUUCAUCACGAAACGCGCGGUCCUGACGGUGUGACUUACGGUUGCUAUGGGUAUAUUGAUCCCAACGGACAGUUGCGUGUAACACACUACGUGGCGGAUACACACGGCUACCGGGUGGUGGAACCUAAUCGACCCGUCGAAAUUUUCGUCGAUGCUCCCACACAGUACAGCAAUUCGAUUUCGGAAGAUGAACCACAGGAAAGACGGCGGGGAGUGUUGCGCCCGUGGACGGAGCUGUAUCUUCCCAAGGGAUGUGGCAUGUUUCCGGGCGGAAUGCGUCCGGAUGGAUCAGGUGGUAGCACACCGACGGCACCAACAAAUCCAAGCACCGGUGGCAGUGGCAGUUCACAAGGUCAGGGUCAAGGUCAGAGUCAAGGUCAGGGACAAGGACAAGGUCAAAAUCAGAAUCAAGGACAAGGGCAGGGGCAAGGGCAGGGGCAAUGGCAAGGCCAAGGGCAGGGACAGGGACAGGGACAGGGACAGGGACAGGGACAGGGACAGGGACAGGGACAGGGACAGGGACAGGGACAGGGACAGGGACAGGGACAGGGACAGGGACAGGGACAAGGACAGGGACAGGGACAGGGACAGGGACAAGGGCAGGGACAGGGACAAGGGCAGGGACAGGGACAGGGACAAUGGCAGGGACAAGGACAGGGACAAGGACAGGGACAAGGACAGGGACAAGGACAGGGACAGGGACAGGGACAAUGGCAGGGACAAGGACAGGGACAAGGACAGGGACAAGGACAGGGACAAGGACAGGGACAAGGACAGGGACAAUGGCAGGGGCAAGGUCAGGGGCAAGGUCAGGGGCAAGGUCAAGGACAAGCACAGGGGCAAGGGCAAAACCAGUGGCAAGGGCAGGGACAAAACCAAGGACAAGGACAAUGGCAAGGUCAAGGCCAGGGUCAAGGCCAGGGUCAAGGCCAGGGUCAAGGCCAGGGACAAGGACAGGGUCAGUGGCAAGGGCAAGGACAACGUCCAGGCCAAAGUCAAGGGCAAGGACAACAACAAGGUCAAGGCCAAGGACAACAACAAGGUCAAGGCCAAGGACAACAACAGGGUCAAGGUCAAGGGCAACAACAGGGUCAAGGUCAAGGGCAACAACAGGGCCAAGGCCAAGGACAACAACAGGGUCAAGGCCAAGGACAAGGGCAUGGGCAGGGUCAGCAUCAGGGGCAACAUCAGGGUUCACAUCAAGGACCCAUAAGCUCUGGGCAACAUCAGGGUCAACAUCAAGGUAGUCAUCAAGGCUCUAGUGGUGGACAUCAAGGACAACAUCAAGGAUCACAUCAAGGUCCUAUUAGCUCCGGACAACAUCAGGGUCAGCAUCAAGGCAGCCAUCAGGGCUCUAGUGGAGAGCAUCAAGGCCAACACCAAGGAUCGCAUCAAGGUCCUAUUAGCUCCGGACAACAUCAGGGUCAGCAUCAAGGCAGCCAUCAGGGCUCUAGUGGAGAGCAUCAAGGCCAACACCAAGGAUCGCAUCAAGGUCCUGUCAGUUCUGGACAGCAUCAAGGACAACAUCAAGGUAAUCAUCAAGGCCUUCAUGGUGGGGAACAUCAAGGCCAGCAUCAAGGGUCACAUGAGGGUCCGAUCAGUUCCGGUCAGCAUCAGGGUCAACAUCAAGGAAGCCAUCAAGGCUCCAGUGGAGAGCAUCAAGGGCAACAUCAAGGAUCACAUCAAGGACCUAUUAGUUCCGGACAACACCAGGGACAACAUCAGGGAAGUCACCAAGGAAUACACAGCGGCCAGAAUCAGGGAGAGCAUCAGCAUCAACAUCAGGGUCCGGUAGUAGACAAUCAGCAUCAGACCAGCCAUCAAGGAAGUCAUCAAGGCUUAUCGCAAGGAGAGUUCCAGGGUCAACAUCAAGGGCAACAUCAAAAACCGAUCAGUGGUAACAAGGAAGAGCACAAUUUACAGGUGCAAGUAUCUUGGGGACAAGGUCAGCAAGGUCAAUCCCAAGGCCAGCAAGGUCAAACCCAAGGCCAGUCUCAAGGACAGCAAGGCCAAACUCAAGGCCAAUCUCAAGGCCAAUCUCAAGGACAGCAAGGACAAUCUCAGGGGCAAGGACAACGUCCACCACAUGGAGUACACAUUGGGAUUGGGUUUAAGCCGGGCAAUGGGGGACUACAGACAUCGCUGGGCCUGGGUGGAUCGCACGGUGGCAUAUCUUUAGGGGCUGGUAUAUCAACGGCCGGCAUUAGUGGCACGGCGAGUUCUUCCCAUACCGGACCGAACCAUAGUGUGGCGGGCACAAUCGGCGGUUCCAUAGGUUCGACGAGCGGCGUGCAGGCGACUGCAGGUGCGAACGCAUCCGCCUCCAUCCUGGGUGCGACGAUUGAUCAUACGCACACGUCAAACGUCACGGUGACAGGAGAGGGCGUACAGGUGUCGCACAGUGGCCAGAACAUGAUCGACACGCAGCAGGUGACUGUAGCAGGAACCGUCGGUGUAUCGGUUGGCGUCGAAGCAGGUUUGAUAGAUACCUCUCUUAAUCAUACCGGGCACGUUUCGGUCGGUGGUAUCGACGUAAGUAGCGCCACGACGGUUGGCGCAGGAAUCGAGGCUAAUCACACAGCGGUCGGAGUAGGUGCACAGCUAACGCACAACGCCAGUAUUUCGAUUCCAUCCGUCGUUCCAGAACCAACAACCGUGCCGCCUCCAGAAGAAAUGCAGCCUACGCCCGUUCCGGGAUCACCCGGUACUGCAAUUGGCGUGUAUCCACCGACGAAGCCGAUCGAUACUAGCUCACCGCCUGCCUCAUCGUCAUCCUCAUCCUCGCCACCACCAUCGUCACCUUCAUCUCCGCCAUCGUCAUCCGGUGGUGACAACAAUGCUCCGCCUCCGAAUUAUCAGAUAGCCGUAUCGCAGUAUCCGUACUUCUUCGUUCCUUAUCCUUAUCCUCCACCGAAUGUGCCCCAGGCACCCUGCAACUGCCCGGCCGACCAGCAAAAUCAACCGGGUCAACAGCAACCGGCCGGUUACUUGGGCUUCAUACCGGUACUCUAUAUCCCGAACUGUCACGCUCAGAAGAGUGGUUUGCCGGCGAACUUCAAUUGGCCGGCACCACCGCCACCGGAAGGAUUCGGUCGGUCACUGGACGAACUACCAGCGCAAAGGUUGUUCCAAAAACCGGACGGAAGCUGGGUGCUGCAGCGUGCACGCAAUCGCUCGCGUCGACUUCGUGUCCGUCGUCCGGCUGCUAGGCGAUUUUAUACCGGGCAGGAGAAUCCUGGCAAGAAGUAAAUUCGAGCGAACGAGCGGUUAGUGGCACAUGCCGUGAAGCUACGGGAAACAGUAUGCGUGAAAAAAUACUCAUUUAAUAUUUAGUUUCAUCUGGUUUAGUACAUUACACUCACUUCAUAAAGACAGGAUAGUGGCUAAAAGAAACAGUGACUUAUCGAACGACGUAAUGGACGUGACUGUAUUGGACUGUGUAGUACUGACCGUAUGCCGGUAGUGAAGAUAUUUAUAGACAGGGUUUCGUUUAAGGAUGCAUUCCUUUUCCUCUUGCCACUGUGAUUAGAUUUAUUCAUCAAACAAUUCGAAAAGCAUGCACAUAAAAGCAUAAUUGAACAACAAAGGUUGUUGUAACGAUGUUCUCCGGCGGAUAUCUAAAAGAAAAACAGAAUUAAUGCUUGCCGUGUUGAGUCACGUGGUGCGAGAAGAACGGAUCGUGGCUCAGUAACAGACAAGGAAAAGACUAAAAGCAGCCCCAGGAGCAGUUUGGUGCAAAACGCAUAGUAAAAUCGGUUUCCUCAUGAUUGCAGAUUAUCGUAACUUAUUUAAGUAGCAAGAGAUGAUACGA